AUGGAUACAAAAAAUAAUAAUAGUAGGAGUAGAAGAUAUUCUACACCAAAUUUAUAUGAAAAUUAUACAUCACCAAAUAUAAAUAAUACAUUUGCUGAAAGUACAACACCAAAAAGAGUAGUUGUACCAGGUGGAUAUUUAGAACCUAUCAAUAAUUUAAAUGAAUAUAAAUUGGAUGUAUUCAAUGACACUCCUCAUCAAAUCAUUGAACAUCCAAAACCAAAUAAACAAUUAUUUAUUCAAACUGCAAAUAAAGUAAUAAUUAAUAAUAAUCAAAAUCAACAAUAUUAUAAACAACAACAAAUAGAAAAAGAAAAAUUAAAAGUUUUAAAAAAAAAGAAAAAGAAUUUAGAUCAUCCAAAUCACAGUCGUCAUAAUCAUACAACUACUUCAACACCAUGGUCAGAUUCAAUAGAUAUGAAUAAUAUAUUCCAAUCAAAACCACCGCAUAAUAGUGAAAAGGCUAAAGAGGUGUUGAUCAACAUUCAAAGGGUAGCGUUGGAUUUCAAUGGUAUUAUGGAUAGAAAUGAUCAAUCUCUUAGAUUGGUCAUUUCAAAGUUAAUGACAACUACACGUAAUCUAGUGGAACUUGGUAGUUACAAGGAAUUGGCAGAUGAUAUACGACUGAUUGGAGAGAUUAUCAUAAAGAGUGGUUACUUUUUAGAGAUUUGUAAGCUGUUUGCAAAGCUACUGUCUGAGCUAAAGAAUACAGAUGAAACGAUUCAUUUUGUGUUGGAGUUUAAAAAGAUGGUUGGUGUCAUCAACAAUCUGACAAAGGCCAUUGAAGAUGAAUCACAAACCAUUGAAAUGUUUACCAUCGAGGCAGAUCAACGACAAAAGAUUAUAAAGUCUCUCAAGAAUCUACUCAACUAUAUACUUCGAAACAAAGAGAUGAUAUUGAUUGUCAAGAAUAUAGAGAAUCUUAGAAAACAAGUACAAAUUGCAAAAGAGGAACAAAAGAAAUCAUUUUCAAGAGAGGCUUUACAAGAGGUAAUGAAGGAUGCACCGAUCCUCAAUGAAAUGUUGUUGGCCGUACAAAGUAUUAUUGGUAGCAAGUUAAAUGUCAAGUUGUUAAUGGCCAACAUUAGAGAUUUAAUAGCAUUUGUCAAAGUGAAUCAAGGUUACAAACAAAAUAUAGAAGAUGUAAACAAAAUAGUCAAUCAAAUCUAUUCAAUGGAGGAUUUGGAGAUGAACGAAUCGAUGGAGUUUAAAAGUAGAAAUUUAAUUGAUCGUUUUGAACAAAUGUUGAUUGAAAUUUGUGCUCUUCCAUCGGUCAUUGAACUACGUAUCCAACUAUCACUACUCACCACUUCACUCAGACACGAUGAACUUAAUCUUAGAUUCAUAGAAGAUUUGAAAAACCUUUUCCAUAGCAUGUUGAAAAAGGAUUCAAAAUAUCGUAUAGACUAUAAAGUUUUAAAUCAAUUAAAAGAAUUACUUAUUCCUUAUUUAAUUAACAAAAUUAGAAUUAUUCCUUUACCUACUAUUACAAAUAUUAAUCAAGAAAAUUUAAAAGAUAGACCAAAAACAGAAUUUAAAUUGGAUGGUAUUAAUAUUAAAUUUACAUUUUUGGAUCCAAAAUCAGUUCAAUUUGGUUUGGUUACUUGUGUACAAUCAAAUCCAUUUUUAUUAAGUGGUACAGUUUCAACUUUAUUCACUAUUGAAUUAACAAAUAUACAUUUAAAAUUGGAGAAUUUUCAAUGGUAUUUUAAAAAGAGAACUAUACCAAGAUUAAAAGAUGAAGGAUUUGCUACAGUUUCAACUGGUACCAGAGGAGUUGAUCUUAAAUUUAAAAUAGCAUUUUCAAAAGAUAUGGUAAAAGAUAACAAAUUUCUUCAAAAUGUAAAAACAAAAUGUACUAUUUAUGAUACUAAACUUGAAAUAUUAAAAAGUAAACAUAACAAAUUAUACAAGACAAUAUUUAAAAUGUUUGAAAAAAAGAUUAAAAAGGAAUUGGAAAAAGCAAUUGAAAAGAAAUUGACAGAAUUGAUCAUUAGAAUGGAACAAUCGAUUUAUGAAACAUUAUGUAAAGAUGAAUCGACAAAGAUUAAAACGAUAUCUGCAUUUUCAAAUCCAGAUGGUUCAAGGGUGACUACUACAACUACUACAACGACUACUUCCAAUUCGGCUUCUGCUGUCCCUUCAACUUAUUCUUCUUCGACCUCUUCCUCUGUAUUUAAUACCAAAGAAGAAAAGAGAAAUAAGAUUCUUGGUAGAAUUCAUACAGAGGUACCGAGAUCAUCUGAACUUCGAAGAGUUAGAGAGAGAUCAAAGACACUACCAGAUUCCCCAAUAUCUCCAAUGAUAGAGACACCACCACCCACAAAGAUACUAGGUCUUUCAUCACCUGCUUAUUUCUCAGAUACACCUCUACCAACUCAACCAGCCUAUGUAUCAGUUACAACCACACCAAUUGCAACCACCUCCAAAUUACCAGUGCCUGCACCAAACUCAACAGUCAUUCUAAAGAAACCAUUUGAUGAACAAAUACAACCACCCCUUUUACCAAUUGGUGCACAAGAUACCAAUAGUUUUAUGGUUCAAGAUUAUAAUUAUGAACCAAAACCAAAAAGAACUCUUAGUUUUCAACCUCAACCAGUAGUAGUAGCAACAGCUGUUGAUAGUUCAUCUUCAUCUUCACCAUUAACCUAUAGUAGAAAUGAUUCAUACAAUAAGGAUUUUCAAGAAUUGGAUGAUAUCUUUUUAAACAAGACCAAUCAUGGUUUUUUCAUACCUCCAACAACAGAACCUCCACCUACAACACUUUUACACGAAGUUAAAGAAUUAAAUCCAAAAUUGUAUCAUCAAAUUACAAAAGUUCAAAAUGAAAUAUUAAAAGGUAAUCAUGAUCUUCAUGAUCAUUUAAAUCAUGAUAAUAUUAAUGAUAAUGGAGAUACAAUAUGUUUAUUGUUAACUUGUAAAAAGUUAUUCAGUAAUAGUAGUUUAAGAAGAUCAAUUGGGUUUAAAGGUAUAAGAGUUUUCAACGACAAUGGAUAUAUAUCAAAAGAGUUUAAAGCAACUGCUACUCUAUUUAAACUCUUAUCAUUUAAUGAUAUAUUAAAGAAUAGUAUAUCAGAUAGACAGGUUUUACUUCCUGUACCUGACCAAUACAAAAUUGAUGACUAUCCACAAUGGAUAAAAGAUCGUAUCACUCUGAACAAUAGAGUUGAUAAAAGUACUGUUACAACUGUUUUGGUAAAGAAUCCACAAACGACAACAUACCAAUCAAUCUAUGACAUACCAUCAAUCGAGACACUAUUCAUUGAAGAUAAAAAGUCGGGUAUAUUUCCAAGUAGUUUGACAUCUCUCACCAUAAAACUAAAAGAAAUACCUCCAAGAGAUACAUUCUUGUCAUUGACAUCACUUGUCAAACUAAAGCUAUUCUUUACAAACUGUCCAUCACUUGAACAACAACCAUACAUUGAUCUCGACGGUCUUGCCAACCUAAAGAAACUCAUAAUCAGUGACCACAACCCAAACAAUAGCUUGUUGUAUGCCAGAGGAAUAAAAAUCCCAUCACAUUGUUCAAUGCCACAGUUGGAGAAAUUAUAUAUUCAAGCAAAAGAAUUGAUUGAUGGAAGAAUCAAUCUACAGUCACAGUUCCCAUCUCUCAAGAAACUGGUUAUUGAUAAUUGCAAGGAAAUCAUUCCACCCACCAUAGUCAUCCCAUCAACUGUUAAAAGUUUAAAAAUCUAUCAUUAUGCAUUCCAUUCUAUACUCGGUCGAGUUGUAUUACCACCAUCACUCACCCAUCUUAGCAUAUUGGGAUUCUAUGAACCUGUUAUACUACCCGAUUCACUCAUCAAACUAAAUCAGACGGUCAAGGGCGGUACACCAUCACUUCUUCAACCAAAUUUGAAAAAACUAGUUUGGGGAACUGAUAGGAAAACCACAUCACAAACAAACAUUGUAUUACCACCAUCCUCCAAUAACUAUCCACCCAAUCUUGAAACACUCAAUCUAGUUGAUCUAGAAGGUGAAUAUACGAUUGACACUAUACCACCAACCAUCAAAUAUCUAACAAUACCUUUGAAACAAAACACCAAACACUACCUUACACUUUUAAGCAACCCUCCAAUCUAUUCAAUCAGUUCAAAGAUAUCCAACAACAAAACCAUCGUAUCCCAACAACAACAACAAUGGUUACCACUCAAUACCACUCAUCUAACUUGCCAACUUUUGUGUUCAUUUGUUGAAUCAAAGUUGGCAUUUAGAUUAGAUGAAGUAAUCAACCAUACCAAUGUUAGAUAUCUAACUCUAUAUAUUUCCCAAAUAUCUUCAGAUAUAACAUUUAAUUUUAAAAUUCAAAGAUUAGACAAUGAUAAUCUAAAUGUAUUAGUAUUGGAAACACAAACACUUCAAGGUGGUAUAAUCACUCAAAGAAAAUGUAUCAAUAAUCAACAACAACAACAACAAGAAUAUGAUCCAAUUUAUUUAUACUAUAAUCCUGAUUCUCCAAACACUCCAUUUGAAUUAAAAUGGAUAUUCUCUUAA